AUUGUGCUGCUGGUGCGCAGAAUAGAAAACACACGGAGAAGUAAAAAUAGCUUGGAGUGAUGUUUCAAAACACUGCUGGAUCAUAAGGAUUGGCGAGAUGUUGCAGAGGUAGAACAUCUUCAACUGUUGGCUUUUAACUUUUGCAUUAGGACGAGUAGAGUACCGCUCUUUCUUCUCCCUGUUAAAUGAGCGAUGAAGAAGAUGAUGAUCCAGGCCUCCUGUAGGAAAGGUCUGCAGGUGUGUUUACUCCUGCUGAUGGUGGGAAGACUACAGGGCAGGGUGACAGCACCUGAGCGCCUGGAAGCUCCAGUGGAGAAACCUUUCACUCUGACGUGCAUCGUUUCGAAGGACCGAGGUGAGACUCUGAGGCAGGUGCGUUGGCUGGAUGCCCAGAACCAGACCCUGCUGAGCUACCAACCCGGGAACAGAGACAGUGUGAGCGGCCAGCAGUAUGUGGAGCUCGCACCUUCCCCCAAAGACACCUCGGCUAUCACCAUCCGCAGGGUGGGCUUCCGCGACGAGGGCUGCUACACCUGCAUCUUUGACAUGAAUCCUUCCGGUUCCAAGCAAGGACAGACAUGUCUCACUGUCACCUCACAAGUCACCGGUGAGAGGAACAAGACGGCAGUGAGCGGCAAGAAGGCGUCCCUCUCCUGCUCGUAUGGUUUGCCUGAAAAGGUGCAGCAGAUCACAUGGAGACACACUUCCGCACAGGGAGACUCCACAGAGGUGGCCUCCUUCGCCAAGCGUAGCGACCCAAUGAUCGAGCCACCGUUCCAGGGGAGAGUGUGGCUGAGUGCCUCCCUGUCGGACAGUCAGCUCACCAUCCAGCCUGUCGCCAUCCAGGACGAGGGCUGCUACACCUGCUUCUAUGAGACGCACCCUGACGGGCCCAAGGCCUCCACAGUAUGCCUCGCUACUUAUGUGCUGCCCAAACCACAGGUGAGCUACAAAACCACCUCUCCAGGUGUGAUCGAAGCCAACUGCACAUCGGUGUCGCGUCCCCCGGCAGAGAUCGUGUGGAACGUGGAGAGGGAUAACCGCACCAUGGGCCCUCCUGUGACCACACAGCUCCCGCAGAGCGACGGGACCACUCUGGUCAUCAGUACACUGACCGUCCGAUCAGGGCUGCUGAAAGACGUGUCCAUUAAAUGCUUGGUGCACCACAAAGGGCUCGAGUCACCCAUCGCUGUAUCCAUGAACACUAAAAUUGGGACGGCUCUCACCAUCCUGAUCUCAGUCACUACAGUGGCUGCCCUGUUGGUCAUGUCCCUCUGCUUCUGCCUUUGGAAGUGUUUCUUGCGCAAAGAAGCUGAUUAAUCUCUCAGCUGAGACCAGAGGCUGAAAACAGGAGGCAGAAGUGUUUCCCUGCUUCAUCAUCAUCAUCAUCAUCUUGGUCCAAAGGGAAGAUGUUCUCUAUAGGAUGUCAAGUACAAUCCUAUUUAUGCACACCAACUGUACAACGACAUUCAUCUUUGCUCUUCUGCCUCUGCAGCUGACUCUUAUAUAAUCUCCAGGCUGUCAUCACAUGAAGUCAAAGAGGAAACGUUGAGCUCUCUCUGGCUCUGUAAUUGAUUGAGUCGAUGGCCACACUCUCCACAGCACACAGCAGAUUCACUGAAUGCUAGAUUAAAGUAUGGAGGUUUUGCUGUUACAUGUUCUAUGUCCUUAUGUUUGUCUGACCUGGUCCUUAAAGGAUCUGAAGUCUGGUGAUCUUAUAUUUAUCCUAUUCAACAAAGCCCCCAAAAAGCACAAUUAAUUGAUUCUAGUGACAACCUUAGUCAGUGGAGCCACCAUCUAACAUAGCAUACAUAGUUCUCUAAAAAAUACUGAAAGCACAUUAAUGAGCAUCAUGAUUCAACACGAUAAGAGGGCACUGUUGUGGAUUAAUCCGCUGCUGAAAAUAGUUCUGAAAAAUGCACUGUGGUUUCACUAACAUAUGCUGAACAGUGCCCAGCUGUUUAGGGAAUUUUGGGGCCUUUUUUAUAUUAAAAUAGUUUCCUGUUUUACAUCUUUUCACCAGCCAAAACAGAACUGCAGAGAGAAUAAAGCUUUGGAAAACAGUUUCCUUUAAAUAACAAAGCUAAUUGAGUAUAUGAGCUGUCCAUUAAAUUGUACUUUUUGUACCUCAGCCUAGGACCUCCAACACUUCUUUGUGUUGUUUCACAAAUACUUGACCAUUUGUAUAUCAAUUACUAAUUAAUUUAUAAUAAUGGUGGCCAAUUUAAGAACAGAAAACUCUGUUAAAACAUUAAUUUACAAACUUUCACACAACUCAUGCAGUAUAAUCUACGAUUCAUUUACUCCUACAGACUCACAGUAUGCCUGCACAAGAAUGAGCCGAUUAUAUUGUAUAGAUUUUAGCAAAAAUGCAUGUGUUUGGGAAGUACUGGGCAUAGCACUGAAUAGAUGAGACAUGGAUUAUAUUGUACAAAUUGUAUGAGAGUUUGAAAACGGAUGUUUUCAUAUAGAUUUGCUAUUGUUAAUGCAGCCCCCAUUUAUUUUAAGUCAUCAAGGAUUUACCCUGUUUUUGGAGUCUAUAUUUAACGAUGGCAUCAAGAAUUCAAGGUAACAUUGGUUGAAUAAUUGAUAAACAAAUUAUUAUUUUAUAGGUCAUGUGCUCCUUUAAAGCUGAGAAUGGUUUCCAUUGGUUCAACUAAGACAGCUGCCUACUUAUGUUUUAUUUGUGUAAUAUCAAAUGCAAACUUUUCUACAGGUUUCAACGUCUGUUUACGAGUGUGUCUGUGUCUGUGUGUGUGUGUGUGUGUGUGUGUGUGUGUGCAUAUUUGUUAGAGGUGAAAUUCCACCGUCAAAGAGUCUGAAUCGAUUCCCAGAGGAAGCAAAACUGAAACCUUUUUGGUGCCCCUGAAAGGAAUGCAUGUCUUUGCUGCCUGUCCACAUGGAGUCAGGAGUCAGCAGAGUUCAUGUGUGUGACUGUGAGUGUGAGUGUGCAGGUUGGGCUGUGGAGAGUUGGCUCAGGGGGUUGAGAUUGGUUUAACGCUCUGGAUCAAAGUGGCACCCGUUAUUACCUAAAACAUGACGUUGUGAGGCUUUUUGUAUGUAUCAUGUUUGCAUUUGUACAGGAGCAAAGAUUCACGCUGAAAUAAUCUUGUGUAUCAAAGCAUGUGAUAGGAAUCCGUCAAUUAACAGAUUGACAUGGAGGUUAUCAGAUUUCAGACUUAUUGCUUUAAUCGGGCACCAUUAAAAAUAUUUUAGGCAGUCUGUAUCGAUCUAAAUCUCCAGUCUCUGUCUGUAUAGUUUUACUAUAUGCAUACAAAACUGAUUAUGAAAAUAAAUGGAAAUGUACCACAGCAUCCAGCCCUGUACAGAGCAACUAGUCUCAUAAAAGAAGAAAAUAUGAAACAAUGCAUUAUGACCAACUAUGUAAAGUUGAUGCAAUAAAUGCAACAAAUACAAUAAUAAAAAUAUUACAAAUUUGUCUGAGUCUUUAUCAGCUCAUGAUCUUGCAGUGCCACUCUUUUGGCUUUUUAAGCUCAGCUUUGUACCUCUCAGAAAAACAUGACAUUCCUUUCUGAUGUGCCAAA